AUGGGUAGUUCAAAUAUCUUUUUAGAAAUAAAAAUGGGGGAAAAAAAAAUGCCUUUUCCUUACGAGUUUAAAGAACUGAAGCCCGAAGAGAAAAUGAUGUUGCUGAAAGCGUACAAAGCUUCAGAAUUGAUGCCAAGAUUUGACCUAGUUAGUGUGGGUCCGAAAAAGUUCAAAUUACUACGUCCUUUCUGCGAAGAAGCUGCCGAUAUCUACAACAUGGCCUUAAGAAGUGAUGACAUAUUCGUAGUCACUUAUCCACGAUCAGGCACUACUUGGACCCAAGAAUUAGUGUGGCUAGUAGCAAACGAUUUUGACUAUGCCACAGCAAAAUCUAAAGUCCUAAUGCAAAGGUUUCCUUUCGUUGAAUUUUUGAAGUAUGCGGGUUCACAAUGGCAAGAAGAGCUUUUGCAAAAUGCUAAAGACAAGGAGAUGACGUCAGAGUUUUUGAAAAAUGUAAAUAAGCCUGUUAAAGAGAAACUGUCCGCCAUACCUUCUCCUCGGUUCCUCAAGACUCACAUGCCAUUGUCGCUGUUGCCUCCAAAGCUGCUUGACACUGCGAAGGUGGUGUACGUUGCGAGGGACCCUAGAGAUGUUUCAGUAUCAAACUUCCAUUUGAAUCGUCUCAUAAAUAUUUUUGAUUUCCCAGGAACAUUAAAAGAUUAUUGGAGUUUGUUUAGUCAAAAUUUAGUUAAAAUAUCUCCUUACUUCGAGCAUGUGAAGGAAGCUUGGAAUUUGAGACACCAUCCAAAUAUGCUAUUUUUAUUUUACGAAGAUUCCAUAAAGGAUCUACCCUCGUCAAUACGCCGAGUGGCAGAUUUCCUAGGCAAAGACGUAACAGAGGACCAAGUAACCAGCCUUUGUGAUCAUCUUAACUUUGAAAACUUUAAGAAAAAUGAUGCCGUAAACUUUGAAUAUAUCAAAGGAUUGGGUGUAUUUACACAGGAGGAAGAUUUUAUUCGUAGAGGUAAAGCUGGCGGUUGGCGAGAAUACUUUGACGAGGAGAUGACACAGCAGGCGGACCAGUGGAUUGCAAACAACCUGCGAGAUACGGAUCUGCGCUUCCCGAAAUUGUAG